CGUAAAUGUGAUCCACGAUCACUUCCGUAGCCUACAUUAUUAAAUGCGUAUAUUUGCGUUAUGCCUAACAGGGAAGUCCUCUCCUCCUCGUUCACCUUAUUGCACCAAAACCUUAUUCGGCCGCGACAUUUUUUUUUCCUUUGCUAAACUUUUAAGAAAUAGCCUAAUAGUCAACAGGCUAUGCUGUUGUAGAUGGAUUGACGUUACAACUGUACGAUAUACAUAUUCAGCUGUCUUCACAUGAGUGAGGGAAGACGGAGAGAAGAAACGGAACGGAAUUAUAUCUAACUCUUUUGAAAUGUUUAUAGCUGACUUUUAUUGAGUUUGUGAACGGAGUGAAGAGCAGGAGGUUCCCACUAACACUGGACAGGAUGAGAGUGUCCUCAUAGAGCUGCCUUUGAGCUGCUGCCUUUCCUAAAGUCUUCAGAAGAGUCCUUGUCUUAACACCGGUCAGUGAAUCAGAAAGCGCAGUAAAAAGCUCUGCUUCACCAUGGCACAGUGGACGCAGAUGAAACAGCUGAUCCCCUAUCUGGCCACACAGACCCUCAACGAGCUCUACUCCCCCUCCUUUCCCAUGGACGUCAGGUGCUACCUGGCCAACUGGAUUGAGGAGCAGAGAUGGGAGGACUUUGAACCAGAGAAGGUAGACCAGGAGCCCCAAGCUCUGACCCUGCUCGAUCAGAUCAUAUCCUGCCUACAGAAUCUAGCCAGGCAGAACCCCAAUGUGGUGGAGAGUAUGAGGCUGCAGCAUAUCUCCAGGAACAUGAAUAUGUUCCGCUCCCAACCCUUCCAACUGGUACUCACAGUCAGGGAUGUCCUGAGGAAGGAGAGAGAGCUGCUCAGUCAGGCGUCUACCCAGAUCCCGGCCCUAGCCUUCUUCUCUCAACCCCCAGCCCAGGAUUCCAUGGCUGCAGCCCCCCCCACCAGGGACGUGGACCUGCUUGUGCUCAAGGUGCUUGAGAUCCAGGACUGCAGACAGCAGAUCCACCAGCUGCAGGAGGAGCUCAACUGGGAGAGGCAGAACUAUGAGUCCAUGCAGGGCACUCUCCAGCAGACCCAGACCAAUGGGAUGGACCCCAGCAUGUCAGAAGUCACCAAACUCCAGACUAACAUCAAACAGCAUGAGUACAAUGGCCAAGUCAUAGCCAAGAAGCGUGUCCAGCUGCUCCAGGAGGCAGUGUCUAGUCUGGAGAAGUGUCAGUCUCGUCUGAUCAGCAGGAUCAAAGCCUGGAGGUGGGAACAGCAUCAAGCUACUAUUGGACACCCCUUCGAUGACAACCUCAGCCCUCUGCAGACGUGGUGUGAACAACUCCUGGGGGUGAACGGGAAGUUGAGACAGGAAGUGAUGCUGGCCGGGGAGCCAAUCCCAGAGCUGCAAGAGAGACUGGGACGUCUGCUGCAAACUCUAAUCCAGAGCUCCCUGAUGGUGGACAAGCAGCCUCCCCAAGUGAUUAAGACCCAGUCUAAGUUCUCCACCACAGUGCGCUACCUGCUGGGGGAGAAGGUGGCACCCGGAAAACCAGUCCUCUUCAAGGCCCAGAUCAUCACUGAGGCCCAGGCUAGGAACCUCGGACAGCUGGGCAGCGUACCCAGUGAGAAUGUUGGAGAGUUGAUCAAUAACACAGCCAUUUUGGAACACAACACUUCCAGCAAGAGUACAUGUGCCACCUUCAGGAAUAUGUCUAUUAAGAAGAUCAAGCGAGCAGAUAGAAAGGGGUCAGAGUCUGUUACAGAGGAGAAGUUUGCUCUCUUCUUCACCACAGAGAUCAGCAUCACUGGCUGUGACAUUCCCUACAGGAUACAGAUGAUCUCUGUGCCGGUGGUGGUGAUCGUUCACGGUAGUCAGGAUAACAAUGCCCUAGCAACCAUCAUCUGGGACUGUGCCUUUUCUGAACCAGAAAGGAUUCCGUUUUUGGUUCCCGAGCGCGUUCCCUGGAAGCAGAUGUGCAGGACCCUGAACAGUAAGUUCAUGUCGGAGGUCGGAACGCAGCGUUGCCUAGACAACUAUAACCAACACUUCCUGGCCCAAAAGAUCUUCGACAAGCCAGACAUCGCUGGAGACUACAGCAACAUGCUGGUAUCCUGGGCACAGUUCAACAAGGAGGUGCUCCCUGGACGACCUUUCACCUUCUGGCAGUGGUUUGAUGGUGUGAUAGAGCUUACCAAGAAGCACCUGAAGAGCUACUGGAGUGACGGGUUGAUAUUUGGUUUCAUCGGUAAGCAGCACCUCCACCUGAUUCUGAAGGACCGGCCCAACGGGACCUUCUUACUGCGCUUCAGCGACUCUGAGAUAGGAGGCAUCACCAUCGCAUACGUGGCUCCAUCAGAGAACGGGGGCCAGAAGAUCCAGAAUAUUCAACCGUCCACCAAGAGAGACUUGGAGAUCCGUUCCCUUGGUGACCGUAUUCAAGACAUCGACUUCAUCACACACGUGUAUCCAGAUCUGCCGAAGAAUGACGUGUUCCGAAAAUACUACACAGAUAACCCGUUACCUCGGGAUACCACCUCGGGAUACCUCUUAGUCUCCAUCCAGACCAAAGUAGGAGUGGAAGCCCACUGUGACUCUCCUCAGCGCAGUGAGACCCCACAGGACAACAAUUCCUCUUUCUAUUCCAUGGACCAGGGGAAUGGAGCCAGUGCAUCACCAUUCUACUCUCUCUCUCCGAACAACCAGUUCCACACCCCCUUCCAGCUGGCCCCAGUACCCCUACAGGGGGGGAUGUAUCCUGACCCCCUCUCCAAUCCCAAUGGACUCUUCCCUGGCCCGGACAUGUCCCAGGGCCCGACUACUGAGAUGGAGCUAGAGGAGAUUCUGAACACACUCUCGGAGUAGGAGAAGGAGGAGGAGGAGUAGGAAGAAGUGGAGGAAGAGGACGAGGGGGGAAUGUAAGAGGAGGAGGAGCCCAGUGGAGACAGUUUCUCAUCACUCUGAUCUAACAAAGUGGAUAUUCGUCAAAUCAGUCUUGAUUUAUGUAUUGUAACAGGCCCAUAAUGUGCUUACUCAAGUCCGUUUUGGAUGUAUUUGGCUGUUCCCUUACAAAAAAAGAUUGCUGUUUUGAAACUGCAGUAAAAGUGCAUGAACUGCAGUCGACUGUGGUAUUUUAAGACGCAUAAUUGUAGAAUAACUGCAAUUAUACUGCACUCUAACUGCAGUUACACUGCAAAAUUACAGCAGUAAAAAAAACGGUGUUUGUUGCAUACUGCAGUUAUACUGCACUCUGACAGCAAUCUUUUUCGUAAGGAUUUUCGCUGCAUAACAUGUAGAAGUUGUCCCUUUUCAGGUUUAGAAGUGACUGCUAAAUGCUAACUCCGUUUGUAUAAAAUGGUUAGCAUAGCUAGC